GCGCUCUUCUGCUUCCGCGCCUUCCUGCUGCUCGGUGGCGUCACCCGCUACCUGGCAUCGCGCAAACCGCUGAACGCCGAGCGCCUUUCGGCUACCGACGCCGCCAUGCUGGUGUGCGCCGCCUGAACGCUGGCGCUGGCCGCCGCCUUCCCGCCCGUGCUGGACGGCGGGCCCGAGGACGAGGACGCGCCCUGCGCCCUGGAGCAGCGGCCCGACGGCGCCCCGGGCGCGCUCGGCUUCCUGCUGCUGCUGGCCGCGGUGGUGGGCGCCACGCACCUCGUCUACCUCCGCCUGCUCUUCUUCAUCCACGACCGCCGCAAGAUGCGGCCCGCGCGCCUGGUGCCCGCCGUCAGCCACGACUGGACCUUCCACGGCCCCGGCGCCACCGGCCAGGCGGCCGACUGGACCGCUGGCUUCGGCCGCGGCCCCACGCCGCCCGCGCUCGUGGGCUUCGCUCCGCGGGGCCCGGCCCGGGGCGCGCGCCGCCUCCUCGUGCUCGAGGAGUUCAAGACGGAGAAGCGGCUGUGCAAGAUGUUCUACGCCGUCACGCUGCUCUUCCUGCUGCUCUGGGGGCCCUACGUCGUGGCCAGCUACCUGCGGGUCUUGGUGCGGCCGGGCGCCGUGCCGCAGGCCUACCUGACGGCCUCCGUGUGGCUGACCUUCGCGCAGGCCGGCAUCAACCCCGUCGUGUGCUUCCUCUUCAACCGGGAGCUCCGGGACUGCUUCCGGGCCCAGUUCCCCUGCUGCCAGGGGCCCCGGGCCGCCCAGGCCGCCCUCCCCUGCGACUGGAAAGGCAUCGGGUUGUAAGGGCUCUCCCGCCACCGACACCCCCGCCCAGCCUUGCCCUUCGGCUUGGACGCUGACGUCGUUCUUCCUCUCUGCUCCCCUUUAAUUGUCUAAACUGCCUUCGAAAUGACUCCAAGUGCGUUAGCGCGUGGCCUGUACAGACUCCUUUUAGGGGGAAAGGGGUUUCCAUUUCCAGCCCCACCCCUGCUCAGCUCGUUGUUCUCCUAAAUAUAUAUUUUCUUCCUGAAAAUAGGCCCCGCGGUCUUUGUAUUGGUACUGAUGUCUUCUAUUUCAUGUUAUUACUUUUGAAAAUAAAGGCUAAACUAAUUUUCUUCAUGCAACGUUUCCUACAGACCAUGGCCAGUUUUCUACAGAAGCUAUUUUUGACAACCUCAAGUGGCAUUAUACUUUGCAGUGGAGUAAAGGAACCCACAGGACUUCGCAAGUUCCAUUUCUUGAGGGUCUUCUGU